AUGCCACAUCAUUUAACCUUCCUGCAACAUCCACCCUUCCAACCGAAACGUCACCAACACCUCUACAUAAGUCUGGAAAGCUUGCCGCCAUCGACACCCGCCCUGGCUUUCUCUCCUGACUUGAACACCUUCAGAAACCGGAACGGCUUUCCCAUUCCCCUCUUCAUUGCUGGUCCCAUGAUGAUCCUGUUUGAGGGCAACAUGUAUCCGUCCUGGUAUUACGCAACUCACACAUUCCUCACGGAAAUUUCUAUCGAACCGCGUUCGGACCCCACUCCAAUGCACCCCGCGUGCGAGGUCUGCAAGUCCGUCCGUUGGCUACUACGGCACUGCACAUCUUACAGGCAAUGCAAGCAACACUUUCAAGGGACAUCCCAGGGCUUCGUGUUCGAGGUGCUACGAGAGAUUUGCACCCGAAUUAGACCGAAACUGCUGUCAUUUUCGAGGGAAACUACUGCCCUCCUCGAUUCGAUUGAACUUAUCCAGGUACAAGAGAAUCCACCCUAUCUCCUAAACAUUCGUCAACUGCUGCCCAAAAAACCAGAACAUGUCUCUGAGCUAACAUUUGCGGAGUUGCAGCUCAUCAACAUAAUGAUCGUCUUCAUUCAUCGUGACUACCUUGCAGGAUCGCCUAGAUCCAUUAUUGGCGGUUUUGUGUUGACCAACUUUAUACAUAUUUUUCGACUGAUAAUGAUUAGACUACAGCCCAAUUUGAGGCGUAGCUCACCCAUAGAUCCGGUUUACUCCCUUCCAGGAACAUGGAACAAACCGCUUGUAGUAAUAGAGAUGUUAAGGCUAUUGGCCACGGCUCUCAGUCACUCUCUCAUCGAGCUAGACAUGAACAGAAUCAUGAUGGCAGCAGAGGCAGGAAAUACACCACUAGAAGAUGCGAUAGCUAGACAGUUUCUGUACGAGAGGAAGUUGGUGCAGGCGAUGGAGAACUUAAUGGCAAUGAAUAUGCCUGAGGUGUUUGACAGGUUAAAGACGCUGUCACAGAAGUUGAAUCAUUGGCCUGACUGUCCCAGAAAUUCGCGUAACUGUCUCUGCUACGUCGCCUCACAGAUAUCAGGCAUGGAUUGCAGCAGAAGAUAA